UAGAAAACAUCUAGGCUUUUGUACCUAGUAAGUUAUAUUGGACCUAGUCAACUACACCCUGUUGAUUUCACUUAACAAUUACACUACCCUCAUGACUCAUGAGUAUCAUCACUCCUAAAACUUCUCUCUACCCCCCUUGCCCUGCAAACUAGAACACACUGAUUAACCCAUCUCUAUUUCUCUCUCUAUCUCUAUCUCUAUGGGAAAGAAAAGUGGUACGUCUUGGUUGGCAAUAGUGAAAAGGGCAUUCCGGUCUCCUCCGACAAGCAAGGAUAACGAGAAAAGCAGCAGCACUUGGAGAUCAGUCGACGAUAAACAACAGCAUAUUAAUAUUCAAGAUGAACAAGAAGAGAAGAAGAAAGAAAAAAGAACAUGGAUUAAUUUCAGAAAGAAUAAACAUGUUAUUCAUUUUGAGCAAUAUUGCGAAGGAGCAAAGACGAGUGCAAACGCUACUCAUGUGAAACCUGUUUUGACCGCCGAACAAAGGCAUACAAUUGCCAUGGCUGCAGCCACUGCAGCUGCUGCUGAAGCGGCUGUGGCUACUGCUCAAGCAGCUGUAGAGAUUGUUCGUCUCACUCGUACUAGGCCUUCCAAUUUUCACAAACAACAACACUAUGUCUCUGCCGCUACAAUCAUUCAAGCAGCUUUUAGAGGAUAUUUGGCAAGAAGAGCUCUACGUGCACUCAAAGGGCUUGUGAAGCUUCAAGCUUUAGUGAGAGGGCGCAAUGUACGAAAGCAAGCGAAGGUAGCACUGAGAUGUAUACAAGCUCUGGUUCGAGUACAGGAUCAGGUAGUGGGAAGUCAAAGAGCAAGGCUUUCACAUUCACUUGAGGAGGGAUUCAGCAGCAGCAGCAGGAAAUCAAUGUUUGCUGAAACCAACUUAUGGGAUUCUACAUAUCUUCAGGAUAUUCGACACAGAAGCUCAGUUUCUGGAGGCAGAGAGAGCAGCCGGUGUCGGUCGUCUGAGGAUGAAUGGGAUGAGAGUAGAAAGGAAGCUGCUGCUUUAAAACGUGAAAAAGCCCUUGCUUAUGCUAUUUCUCGUCAGAUAUGGAGACCUGGGAGGAACCCAUCAGCUGCUGGUGGUGAUCAUGAAGAAAGAACCAAAUGGCUAGAUCGGUGGAUGGCCACAAAACAAUGGGACACCAGCUGCAAACACAGACACAGAGCCUCAACCGAUCAUCAUCAUCAUUAUCAUCAUAAAAUAAGGGAUUCCAUUGUCAAGACAGUUGAAAUUGACACUUAUUAUAACUCUUGCUCCACUACCCCAAAUGUUAGAAAAUCACAUUUUCAUCAAAACCAACAAAUUACUCCAUAUCCUCCCCUUCACAGACCCCAAUGCAAUAAUAUUAAUGUUGAGUCACCAUCUCCAUCAAAAUCAAAGCCUCUGCCGAAAGUGCGCUCAGCAAGCCCUCGAUGCGUAAAAGAGGAAACAUGUCACUCGGCCGCACAUACACCCGCAAGCUUGAUUAGUAGUUCCACUCGUUGGCUCAGCAAUGCAGGUGCAGUGCCUAACUACAUGGCAGCCACUGAAUCUGCAAAGGCUCGGGCUCGCUCAGAGUGCGCAUUAAGACAAAGACCCUCCACGCCCGACAGAGAAAGAGGUGCUACUUCAGUCAAGAAGCGCCUCUCCUACCCUGUUCCAGACCCACAUCAUAACAAUAGUAGCAGUUUUAGCGAGAGCUUGAGAAGCCCUAGCUUCAUGAGUUUACAGUGUAAUGGCUACUAUGGGAUGGAUAAUUUGUCGUCUGUUGGGAGAGAUACUUCUCCAUGUUCAACCACUGGUCUAAGAUGCUUUUAACUCAUCAGAUAUUUCAUGAUAAAGACAAUCAUGAAUCUACCUAGCUACACUUUUUAAUUUACUAAUAUUUUCUAAUCAGGAGAGGAUCCAUAUCACAAUUUUUUUAAUGGAUGGACGUGUCCGUGUGAUCGUUUUAUCUUUGUUAUUUCAAUGCAUCUGCUCUUC